GACCACGACGUUCGGGUAAUAUUUUCGGAUCUGUCUGCGAAGCUGCCGAGGUAACGCCUAUAACGCAAAAACUCGGCCGACCAAUAGCUGUGAACGGUUACGCGAUCGCCGACGACCGAAGCCGAGCCCGGUUAAACCGACGGAAUUUUACGCGUGAUGUCGCCACCGCCGCUGCCGCCGUAACAGCCGCCGCCGUCGCCGCCGCCGCCGCCGGCCAGUGACUCUUACCGGUUUAGUAGCAGCACAGCUGUUUCGUACGCGUGUGCGUUGAUCGCGGAGUUCGAGAAUUUCGACCAAUGUUAAGGUAAACGGUCCGUUUUUUGGAUAUCACAUUAACAGUAUUUAUGUUAUUUUUUACGAUUACGUAUAUUGUGUUCUUGUUUUACGAGUUUUUUACUGUGGAGUGAUUAAACUCGGAAUUUAGCCCGACGCGAGUUAGUGCUGUUUAAUGUGCGGUUGAUUGUCGAAUGAUGUGUACGUCUAGAAAAGUAUCGUAUGUUUAUAUUGAUAUUAUGGUGGAACAGACAACAGGAAAAUUAUGAAAGCUUUACCGGACAAAACGGAAGGCACUGACGACGUGGACAACAGUACGGUGGACACAAAUGUGAUCGACAAACGCAGCACUGUGGUUCUGGAAUGCGACAAUGUGAUUGAAAUAUCUUCGGAUUCCGAAGAUGGAGAAGAGGUACGGGUCCGUGGUGCGGGAAAAGAGCAGGGCGAAGAGGAAGUGGAAGAAGUAGUUAAUAGUAAACCGCACAAGUCUAUAAAGAAACAUAAGAAACACCAUCACCACUACUAUGACGAGCACGGCACUCGUAUCCGAAAAAAGCACAAGAAAAAGUCGAAACAGGAGAGUCGUCCAAUAUUUCUAUGGGCUAAACAAGAAGAGACCAAAAUAAAGGAAAUAUUCAUCGAAGAGUUCCAUCCGGGCAUUAAACUGGUCAAGACUAACGGCGUGUGGGCUUCUACUCCCAAGUCUAGGGUUUUGGCAGCCGCUCAAUCACGUUCGUCCAUUGCCGGGCACGUUAGCGAGACACCGAGAAAUGGCAACGAGUCAGUCCCACGUCCGGACGACCGAAUCAAAGAAAGUCCAAAGACUGGUGAGUCGAUACUUGUUGACCUGAACGACAACUCUAUCGACUUUGUGGACACUAUAAGUAGUGAUGAGGCGGACGACGAGGAGCAAACCAGGGCCAAGAUCGACCGAGCACUCGAGAUGAUCGACCAGGACCCGGCAUUGAUGUGUGACGUGAAAAUUCCGUUAUCUACCGUUGAGACGGCUUCAGCAAUCAAGUUACCCGAAGGUACGACGAUCCACCAGAUCAAAUCCGAAAACGUCGCUGUCUGCGGGGCUAUUUCUGCAACAACACCAUCGCCGCCGCCGCUAUCGUCCGAGAUGCCAACGAUGCAAUGUAAGCUGGGCGAGUUAAUCAUAAUGACGCAGCAGCAACAGCAAAACGAACCGUUGAACCUGGAAACUGUAAGUAAGCGAUCUGCUUUAGAAAUUCGAUUACAGGAGCCGCCGAUUAAGAAAAAACGCGUAGAGAAAUCACCCCCUGCACAACAGCCAUUAGCCGGCGAGCAGGUAAAACGCGAAUGGGAUCCCUUGUCCGAGCUGAAAGAAGUGCUUGCGAAUCCCAAUCUGUCGGUGCCCGACCCAUUGCUCGUGCCCAGGGCCAGGUUGGCCGCCUUGGUGGCUAGCCCGGCCACGGAAAUACCAAAACUUUUGCGAGAGCCAUCGCUAUUGCCGCCACCGCCCCCGAACCCUGAUCUGUUGGCCGUCUCGUUGUCGCAUCUUCAGUCCUUAUUGCAACAACAACCGGGUUAUGCGGAUGACCGUAAGCCGGACGGCAACCAACCAUCAAACAUCGAUCAGUUCCUGUGGUUGUCGUACUUGUCAAAAGACAUGACCGGCGCCGAUGCCGACUUGAUGUCCACCAUGUUGAGCAUUAUACUGCCCAACUCGACAACUGCUCAACAAUCCUUCAGCUACCCUCAAGAUAAGAACCAAUGGAACGACAUGUAUUUCGACAGUAAUAUCGAACCACCGUACGGUUCUACGGCUAGCUACAGCAAAUCGGACGAUUGUUGUGCGUCGGUGUCGCCACUUCCGCCACCACCGCCGCCACUGCCACAAAUAUUACCACCGUUACAACAACCACAGCCACUAUUAUUACCACCACCACCACCACCACCACCUCCACCACCGCCACCACCCUCACAAAUAUUACCACCAACAGUUGCACAGCCGCAAGUAUUACCACUGCAACAACCACUAAAACACCAACAAUCACAACUGUUGCCACCGCCGCCGCCGCCGCCGCAGUCACAUGUGCGGCAGCAGCAAGUACCGCGACUUUCAUCUAAGCGAUCGGUGCAGCACAACACGACGUCACAACAGCAACGGUUGCCGUCGCAUCCACAGCAAGUUCCACCACAACUGUUGCCAUCGCGUCCGCAGCAACAAAUACCACCACUGCUACACCGUCAGUCAAAACGACGGGCUUGUCAAGAGCCAUGCUGCAGCGGAUCGCCGUUAUCGUGUUGUAGUAGUAGCUGUUGCCCAAAAUCGAGCGGUUAUAACCCGUUAACUAAGGUGUCUCCCAACGGCUGUAACCCAUGUUCUGCGACUCCCGGCGAAUGCAAUCCGUUCACUGCGAUUCCUGCUGCCAAUUGUAGUGGUGGCAAUCCGAAGACUUGUACCACAUGCACGGUGCCGGGCGCUAUGUCGACUUGUUGCUACCCGUCGGAAAUCAGUUGUGGGUAUAACGGCAAAUCUCCGUCGCCAAAGCCUUCGCGAAAUCCGUCCGUAUCGCCUCGCAACCGCGCUCAAUACAACUACCAUACCGGUCCGGGGCAACAGCAGCAGACGCCUAUGACGGAAGUCGGUAGCAUCGUCAACAGCUGUUGUAUUGGCGUCAAUAACUGCAGCAAUGGUGUCACUGACUACAGCAGUAGCAUCAAAAACAGUAGUAGUGGCGUCAACAGCAGUAGCAGUGGCGUUAACAGCAGUAGUAGUGGCGUCAAUGGUAAUACCAGUAACGUUAUUGGCUGUAGCAGUGGCAUCAACGGCUAUAACAGUGGCAGCAGUACUAGUGCCAUCGGUACAGACUCUCAAUGUUUGACUACGACUAAUAAGCCGAAAAUACCAUUGCCCGUGACGUCUGCCAGUGGUGACACCGGUCAGACGACGUACAGGCCUAAAAUCAAAGUCAAAGAACAUUUGAUCGAUCCGAACGCGAAACCAAAACUUUUGAACAUCGAAGGCGCCCUUCAUUUAGCUGCAGGACAUGACCUGUUCAGUUCACCUCUUUGGCACCCGUUAUUCGGCAGUUUAUUUAAUGCGAAACACUUCAUCACAGAUUUAGGUACCGCAAGUGUAAACACAUAAAUAAAAAGUCAAGCCAAGCCGUAUGGUUGUCGGUGGCAAUGGGCAACGCCUGUCACCACGUCUGCAUCAACUUCUUCUGACGAUGUGUCUGCUGGCACAAAACGUUAAACUUCUGGCAAGUCGGUGCGAUAGGAACGACAAGAUAAUAUAUUAUCAAAGCAGCGCACCUACAGUAUUUGUUUAUUUAUUUAUUAAUAUUAUAGUAAUUAUUAUCGUUAUACGUGUUUUACGACCCACCUCCAAUACUCAUUUAUGUCAAAUAUAAUACAUUAAACCCAUUCUAAACUCCCAAUCCCGCUGGAUUCAACGUCAAAUAUUUUUUAUUAAAUAUAAUAUCGAUAAGUUUUAAUAUACUUUAAUAUAUACCGGGGAUCACCGAUUAUUAUUUUUGAAGGGCCAUACUUUAGUAAUUUAGGUUAAGUAACUUUUUUGGGCCCAUCAAAAUUUAAUGUAAGUACACAUUUGUUUAUCUAAUGAAAUUUUAAGAAAAAAAAAAUUAAAUUAAAUUUAUAAAUUUAUAAACCUUUUUUAUUUACUAAAAUAAUAAUAAUAAUUUAAAUUAUAAUAAUAAAUUUUUUGUCUGCAGACCAGAUAAAGUUCAUCCGCGGGCUACCAUUUGGUGACCGCUGGUAUAUAUACUAUAGUAUUUAUUAUAAUAUACGUUUAAGCUAAUGUUAUAUAUAAUAUAUCAUUAAAUAAAAUGUACCCAUAGAGCAGAGGUUCCCAACAUUUUUUGACUCACGGAACCCUUAGUCAUUUUCUAAAAAUCCGGAGGCAUCCUAUUGACAACUUCGGUUUUAUUUAACAGUGCAUAAGUAUAAACAAAAGUAAUAAGAUGUACCUAGAUAUAAUAUUCUAUAUACGCAUAUUAUAUUUUAUAAAACAAAUUAUUACAUUGAAAUAGGUACAUUUUUACUUUUAUUUAUUAUUGCAUAAAUAAUAUAAUAAAAACUACAUUUUAAAUAAUUUCGCGGAACCUUAAAUACAGUUCGCGGCACCCUGGGGUGCCGUAGCACCCCGGUUGGGAAUCUCUGCCAUAGUGUAUUGUAUAAUAUAUUCAUCUCGUAUUUGUAUGUAAGUAGUCAAAUCGCCGUUUGAGUCGGCCCGCGAGACGUCGCCGGUGCCGCCGUAGGAAUCGAUUGACCUCGACCUUUGCACUACUUUGCGUCGGGGUAUACGUUCGCUUUAUUGUCCUACGAGUCAGAGGACCGGCUUCAUCCUAUAGACUUUCCGUUGUCGGUCGUUGAAAUUCCUAUGACUGUAAAAUGUCUGUUUAAAUAAAAUAUGUACAUAAUAUUAUCAUUGUAAUGUCAUAUUUUUGUGGUGCUGAAUGAAAAUACGUUUUUCUCAUAAAAUGUACUGUUAGUUUCUGUUCUUUUAUUGAUUUAUUAUCGUUCUUUGUAUUAAUUUAUUAUCGUUUGAUUGUUUAUUUAUUAUUCGGAAAACUGUUUACCACACUCAAGUACGUGACUGAACGCGCGUAUGUGGUUUUGUGUUGAAUUUAUUUUGUAAAUUUUUUAUUUAAAAAACAAAAUAAGCCAAUUUUGUUUCUCGUUUAUUUUUGUGUUACAUAUCAGCUUUAGUUUGGUUAUUUUUCUGUGUACUUGGUGUACUUGAAUUUAUUACAAUUUUAUUGUUUUUUUUUUUUAUUUUUUACGUUCUACGUCAAUUAUUUUAGCCAUUGAAUUUUUGGAUAUAAAUAUUUAUUUAUAUAGUUUGAAUGUUGAAUGUCCUGUCUGAAAUAUAUUUUAUUGUACGUAAAUUAUUAUAAAUUGAUCUACAAAACGGAACUUCAUAUUAUUACUGUAUAAUGACAUAUUAUAUAUUAUACUCAAUAUUGAUUUUCAAUACUAGUCUCUUAUAUUAUAAGAUAAAUGUAUAAGGAUAUAACGAUAAAAAAAAUAUAUUAUACUAAAAAAUAUAUAUACUAUACAAUACCUAUACAGCAUACAUUGUAUGUAUAACUAAGUGUCUAUGUGUAUUAAUAUUGUGCUUAUGAUGAUAUUGGAAUAUUAUUAAAUGUCAGUGAAAUAAAUGUGUCAGUGUAAUAAUAUUAUGAUUAUAAUAAUUUAAUAUGAUUAAUAAGCUUUAGUAUAAUGUAAACAUGGGCGCCCAUUGAGAGGGGCAAGAUAGGGCACUUGCCUCCCCACCCCUGGACUAAAAAUAUUAAAAACUUGUUACUCAAUAAAUAGUACCAUAAUAUAACUAUUAUCUUUACAUUUGAGAAUUUUUUAUUUUGACCCCCCCUAAAAUUUUACUUAUGGGCGCCCAUGAAUGUAAACUAUACGAAUAGUAUACGUACUAUGUAUUAUAUUUAUACUAUCAUAAAUAAUAAUGAAAACAAAAACUAUAUGUAAUGAAAAAAAAUUGGUCAUAUUAUUAUUACUAUUACUGUAACAGUAUAACUUAACCGAUAACUGAUAAGUAACUAUAUUAUAUGAUAUUAAUGAGCUGUUUCUGCAGUACACGUGCAAAAAUCCUUUACCACUAAUUUUCGCAUUUGUGUUUUAUUUAUUGUAUAAUUUUAGCUUUAAAAUUUAAUGUUAGUUUGUCAUAAAGUGAUGUAAGAAGAUAUUCCUCAACCCCAUAGAAAGUCUGAUUAGAUUUUAAUUUAAUUUUGUUUAUUAUUUAUUUAUUUUUUUUUAAAUUUUGUCCUGAGAAGUUUAAGUCAUUUGAAUUGAAAGCGAUAUCAUAUAAUUCAAUAUUUUUAAGUAUAAUAUAUUAUAUAAUUAUUAUUCAUUAUUAUUCGUUUUGUAAAAUUUAAACUGAAUAAAAUAAACAAAAACAAACACAUAAUUUA